AUGUUCCCUGAAUCAUUAAAGUCAAAUAGAGAAAUCGCCCCUUAUUAUCAAAGGUAUAGAGAACUUGAAGAUGUCAAUCCAAUUGUCAGCUACUAUUGUAAGUUGAAGAUUUUAGAAUAUAUCUUGAGCAAUAAGUUACAUAAAGAGAAGGAAGUGGAGACCUAUGUUUUACAAUUAUUAGAUGAAACUGAAUCAUUCAAGAAUAGUUCCGAUGAAGACAUUACCAAGGUGUUGAAUGAUAAGAAUUUAUCCAUUUCCUUGGUGUUAAACUUUGCUUUAAAGAUUUAUAAUCAAUGUUUGAAUGAUUUAUCCAACUAUGACGGUAAUAAAAUACCUUUAAUGUCAAAGAUAAAAGCAUGUUUGAACUUCUUAGGGUUGAUAGAGUUAUUUAAGAAAGAUGAUAUUGAUUGGGAUCGAAUCAGUGGAGGUAAAGCCAGUGAUUAUGAAAGUUUUGAUAAAUUGAAUAAGGAGAGAACCAAGUUAUUGAAGUACAAUUUGAGUAAAUUGAUCAAGGAUGAGAUUGAAAUCAAAGGUGAAGAGGAAGAAUUAGAGAAAUUGGCUCAAGAGUUAGACGGAGGUGCCGCUACUAGUGGAAUUGAAGAUGAAAAUGAAUUAAAGAAUGUUGUAGACGAAAUCGCUACAGAGGAAGUUCCUGAUCAUGAAGUUCCUUAUCACUCAUCAGUACAACCAUCAGAACCAGUCCUUCCUUCAGCCCCAACAUUCCUUGACGAGGACACUGCUAAAGAAGAUGAAAAUGAUGAACCAUCCAUUGGUUCAUUCCUCCCCUCGGCUCCAAAAACUAUUGGCGAACCUAAUCUUCCUUCAACUCCAAAAGAUAUCAGCAAUGGUACUUCUCCUAAGCUUCCAGGUGCUCCACAUUUCAACCCGGAAGAUUCAGAUGAUUUGAAAUUACCUGGUGCUCCUAAAUUCUUACCUGAUGGAGAUUUAUCAGGUAUCAAUAAAGACUCCUCUAUCUUAAUAAUCCCACCAGAAGACGAUAAGGCUAAAGUUGAAAAACCUAAACCCAUCAAGCCCACACCAAAACCAGCCAAACCUGUUCACCAACCACAUGAAGAGCUUACCAAAGAAAAGCUAGAUUUGAUUCUCAACAAACAAGAAACCAUUACUAAAAUACAAAAACUUUGUAAAUUCGCUAUAAGUGCAUUGAAUUAUGAAGAUUUAAAGACUGCAGAGAAGGAACUUACUGAAAGUUUGGAAUUAAUAAAAUUAUUAAACGAAGAUUGA